UCCCCUCUGCCUUUCGCUUUCGGGGGCCAUUACAGGCAAGCUGUUUUUCCGUGUUCGUGCAUAUAUGUUCGUGUUUCGCAGCAUGUCAGGGAGAGGGAAACCAAUUAGAAAGCGGCCGACACGUGGGACAAGAGCGGCCACGAAGAAGAAACGCAAGGAACAGGCCCCUUCGCAGUCGUCACCGCCCGGCAUGCCCGAAGAAGCGAUAACAGCAAGAUAACUUGGCGACAGCACGUGGACCCAGUCAAGUUCAAGCAGACAGGACGGCGCCUUCCCAGACUUCGUCAGGUGAAAAUGCGAGUGGGUCAAAACCGACUGGGGCACCAUCGUUUUGCGAACUCCACAUCGCCUCCGAAACCGGGAACCUGUCAAAAGUGAAACUCAUCUUGUCCCAGGGACGGGCGGACAUUAAAGCAAAGACUGGAUCGGUUGUACACCGGUGAUGUUUGCAGCUGGUAAUGGGCACCGAGAAGUGUUUGAGUUACUUUUUAGUAAAGGAUCCAGCAUGUCACUCGUGAAUAAAAGAGGUGACAACAUCCUUCACUGUGCCUGUUGGGGUGGAGAUGGUGAAGUAUAUACUCUCACAUGACAUGGAGGACAUCAACAGUAGAGGAUGGAAGAAGAGGACACCAGUGAUGGCGUCAGCAUUGCAUGGAAAUAAAGAAGUGGUAGAGUUACUCGUGGUUGAAGGAGCUGAUGUGUCACUCGUAUCUGAGAGGGGUGAAAACAUCCUUCAUCUUGCCUGCCAGGGAGGACGUGUGCAGGUGGUCAAGUAUGUCCUCUCAAAAGACACGGUGCGUAUCAACAGUAGAGGAUGGAAGAAGAGGACACCAGUGAUGGCGGCAGCAUUGCAUGGACAUAAAGAAGUGGUAGAGUUACUCGUGGUUGAAGGAGCUGAUUUGUCACUCGUAUCUGAGAGGGGUGAAAACAUCCUUCAUCUUGCCCGUCGGGGAGGACAUGUGGAGGUGGUCAAGUAUGUCCUCUCACAGGACAAGGUGGGCAUCAACGCCCAAAACAACAAAGGACAAACAGCAGCCAAAAGAUAGCAAUAUCCCAGGAUCGAGGAGACAUGCUUGAUCUUCUUGUGUCGCAUGGUGCUGUCAUGUAAUGUUUGCGUAGACAUUCAUAUUAUUAAAGACAAUGUGUUGAAUACAAUUAUGACGUUCACGUGUUGAAUACAUUGAUGUUGUUACAGACAUUGAAGUGUAGAAUAAAAUCAUGUUGCUACUGACACUGGCAUGUGGAAUCAAAUCAUGGCAUUACUGAUA